AUGGCAUCCUUCCACGCGGCUGCUCGGUCGGCGCCCUUCGCCAACAACGCGCGCGCGGACCAGCCAGGAGCGAGAUCCGUUGCGAAUCAGGCGACGAGACUCCUCGUAGCCGCCUCGCGCAAGUCGGCUACUAAGUCGCCUCAAACGACUUUUGAGACGUCUCAAAUAGCGGGCCCGUCAAGUGCGAGAUCCGGCGCGGAUCACGCGACGAGACUCCGCGUAGCCGCCUCUCGUAAGUCUGCCAAGUCGCCUGAAACGACUUUUGCGACGUCUCAAAUAGCGGACCCGUCGCGAGCGAGAUCCGGCGCGAAUCCGGCCCUGAAACUCCUCGUAGCCUCUCGUAAGCCGCGUGAGACGUCUUUAAACUCUCGUAAAUCGCCUAAGUCGCCUAAAGCGCAGCGGAGAGCGCGGUGGAGUAGCGAGCCACAGCAGCAGCAGCAGCAGCAGCAGCAGCAGCAGCAGCAGCAGCAGCAGCAGCAGCAGCAGCAGCAGCAAGUCGUGGGGACUUCAAGUCAAAGCUCGCCCGAGCAGGGAAUCAAACCGGUUGUGACGCGCGAGAGGCCAAACCAGCGGCGAAGGAGCGAGCAGCAGCAUCUUCAAGAUGAGCUGCGGAGUUUUUCGGACAGACGAGUGAGCCUACAGAUGUGUCAUGUGCAUCCGAUAGGUGUGGGUUCCAGAGGUCUCGGAUCGUCAUUGCACCUCAUGUGGGCGAAGGAGGCACGGCGGCUGACGCGCGAGGAGGAGAUUAAGUACGUCCGGGCCGUGCAGGAUCUGCUGAGAUUAAGGAGGUCGCGAGAGCGGUGCAGUGCGGUCGAGUGGCGUUCGUUUCAGGAUUCCCAGCACGCGACCUUGCCUGCAGAGACGGCCACUGAGAAGAAAAGGAGGGGGGAGAGGGGGACGGAUGAGUGGGGGACGGAGGGGAGGGGGAGAGAGGAGUAUGAGAGGGAGAGGAUGGAGAGGGAGGGGAUGGUGAAGGAGGAGUGGGAGACGGAGAAGAGGGGGAGGGAGGGGAUGGGGAAGCUGCUGGGUGCGAAUGGUGGGAUGGUUAAGGCUCUGGCUCGGAGAUAUGCGAGCAGGGGAGUGACUAUGGGGAACUUGAUCGUGUCUUUGUCGCUUCCAUACAUUCUGUUGCUAUGUUCACGCUUUGUCUCGUCCCUGCAACAGGCGGGAUACGGGGGGCUUAUAAAGGGUAUAGAGAGAUUCGAUCCUGGCCGUGGAUUACGGCUCUCCACGUACUGCUAUUGGUGGAUCCGACACAGCAUCAUCCAAUCAUCCGUGGACCAAUCGUCCAUAAUCAAGCUCCCUGUGAGUGCCACGUGGCACAAGCACAUAGAUACACGUCUCCUUUCCACUCAUUCUUCCUGCCCCUCUCCCCCCUUUCCAUCCCUCGCUCUCCCUUUGCCCUUAUCCUCCCCUCCACCAACUCACGUUCCCAAAAUCUCCUGCUUCCAAUCCCCCUUCUCUUCCCUUCAGGCGCACAUGCACCGUCAGCACAUGCUCGCCCGCCGUCAACGUGCACAGCCAUCCACGUCAGCACUACCAUCCACGUCAGCACCACCGUCCACGUCAGCACAGCCAUCCAUGUCAGCACCGCCGUUCGAGUCAAAGCAGAAGCGCAGACUCACCCCGGGAUCUGUGCGCUCGCCUCGAUCGUUGGAAGCGGACGCGGGGGCAGGGGAGAGCCUUGGGUCCACCAUCCCUGACCCCGCUAUAGAGUGCCUUGAGACUCGCUACAUGCAGCAGGAGGUGCAGGGCGCGUGGAAGCAAGCCAUUCUUGGGCUCUCACCCAAAGAGCGAGCCGUGAUUCAACUCUCCAUUCGCUCUGGAGAGUGGUCCCAUUCAAACUACUCCCUUUUCGCCCUCUCUUCCGGCUCACUUUCCUCUCUUCCAAUACUUAUUCUUCCUCGCCCCACUCCAUGCUCCGAGACUCGCUACAUGCACCAGGAGGUGCAGGGCGCGUUGAAGCGAGCCAUUCUGGGGCUCUCACCCAAAGAGCGAGCCGUGAUUCAACUCUCCAUUCGCUCUGGAGAGUGGUCCCAUUCAAACUACUCCCUUUUCGCCCUCUCUUCCGGCUCACUUUCCUCUCUUCCAAUACUUAUUUCCUCCCAAUCCCCUUCCUCGCCCUCCUCCAGUCCACCAUCCCCGACCCCGCUAUAG